AACCCCACCUCCGACUCUAGGCCAUGUGACUUGGCCUGGCCAAUGAGAGCAUUGCAUUCCCCUGCAACACGAUUAAUUAGCUCCGAGAGACUCCAGCUACGCAAGCUUUUCCCAGUCACCCCAAUUACUGGAAUUUGUCUAGAAACCACUCAGCUGAGGCCAUCUCUUUUCCCUGGCACUGCCAGCAGUAAGAGUGACCCGAUCGUGGACACCACGUCAAGCCUGAAAAUGAAAUCAGCAUUGCAGAAGGACAAGCCAAGAGAUGGGGGAAAAACUGAGUGUUGAUGGCAUUGCCUUAGCUCUUCGGUUAAGAGGUGGGCAUCCUCGGCUCUACCACAUCUGCUACAUAGCCUUCCGGGAAGUUAAGCUGAAGAAUAACAGUAACAGCCAGCAUUCACUGAGCGUGAACUCUAUUCCAGGCUCUAGGCUAGCUUCUAACAUCGUUUGAUCAUCCACAACCAGAUGAGUUCACCUCUGCCACCGCCCACAGCUCUUCUUGCCUGAAAAUCACGAGUGCAGGUGCCCAGAGGGUGGCAUAGUGGCUGAAGAUAACUCCCAGGUUUUACACCUUGGGUUUUUUAGCUACACUAAGAGUGCCCCCUCCCCCUGCCGCCCCCUGUUCUCCCUCCAAGUUCAAAACACUAAGAAGAGCUGUAUGAAGUCCAGUUGGCCUCUGGACCAGUUGCCAACAGGAUCUUGUAAGGAAAUCUGACAAAGGGUCAGAUCUUCUAAAGAGAACUUGGAAUUUACUGGCUGACAAUGGCAGAAACAAUCUUACAGCAGUUAGAUAUUCUGGAUGAGCAAGCAAAGACACUGUUGGCCAAAAGAGCAAAGAAGAACUGCCUUCAGAGUCAAGUAAAGAAAAAGGUUUCAGCAAUACCUCUGACAUUUGAUUUUCAGUGGGAAUUUGAAGAGGCUGUUGCUACCUCCAUAUCGGAGACAGAAUCAAAGAUGGAAAAAGACAGAGCAUGUGGCAUUAAAAAAACAAAGAGAUAUGUCUCCUUCAAAAAUAAUCCUGAACCUAAAAAGAGUGAUUUUGAAAAGUCAAAUUUAAAACUACACUCUGUACCAACAAAUAUAAAAAUUCAAGAAAUCAAGUCAAUAGAGCCAGCAGAAGAAUAUCUAAAAUCAAGAUCUACUAGACCUUUUUGUUAUCUUAAGGAUACAACUGAAGCGGAAAAUGCCAAGCCCUUCCAUGAACAGUAUUGGCAGCAUAGACAACCGUGUAGAAGAACAUUGGAUCCUACAAUCCUUUUUCCUGUAUCCAACAUGCAACCUAAUGUUUCAAAGAAGGAAAAAGACUCUUUUUGCAGAAUAAAAUCUCCUGCACAGAUGAAUGAUUAUAAUACAAAAGAAAAUAAAUACAUCGAAAAUUACCAACUAAAUGAAUAUUCAGUAAGAAAGAAAAGCUUGCUCCCCUUAUGCUUUGAGGAUGAAUUGAAAAAUCCAAAUGCCAAGAUAAUCAGCAUUAGUCCAGCAAAGACAGUAACUUCUCACAUGGAACAUAAUGACACAAAUCCCAUAAUUUUCCAUAAGACUGAAUAUGUAAAAAUGUUCCUUUUGACAAAAAAUAGGCUUCUUCCCCAUUCAGUGGAAAAAGGAACAGAUUACCUACAUCAAAGGUCAAAUGUUGUUUUAGAAAGAAACUGUGGAAUGCUCAAGUCUGUAGUUAGAGGUCAGUCUAUUACUCCCUCCAAACUCAAAAGGACCAUGCCUACAACGCAGAGGAAAGAUGAACCAGCAAUACCCUUUGAAGUGGGUCGUGGACGUGUAACGGAUCAACUAAGGAGGAAAACUAGUAAGCAGACAUUUGAAAACGUAUCUUGGCAUAAACUCUAUAGCGUCUCACAGACAUUUUCCAGCCUAACCAAAAAAUUUGUGGGGCUCCUCGAUAAAACCAUUAUUCAAGAAAAGGUGGCUAAAACUAGCAACUUUGAAAAAAUGUUUUCUACAGUAAAACCAAUGAGCAAAUUCAGUGCCUCACCUGUCAAAUAUUGCUCAAAGCCUUCAAAAAAUAUACUCAAAGUCCAUAAAAUAAAUGGUGUAACACCAUUGGAUGAUUUGUUAAACUCAUCAAGUAUAAAUUAAAUACCUUGUAACACGGUGUUUCUACAGCAAUAUUUGGGUAACAAGAAGCAAGUAACAGUUCCAAGAUUAUAGAAGAAAUGAUUUUCUAAAUGGCAAUGUUCUAACGGAUGGUAGAAGAAAACAGAAGAAAGCACAGAAAUUGGAAUUAUGAACAGUGGAAUAGAGGUGGAAUAUAAUACUUGAAGUGAACAAGGGGACAAAAUUAGGAAAUAAGAUCAACAAGAGGAACUAGUUCAGAAUUCCUCUUAUCUCAGAUCCCUCAGUCAUCAGCAGUCCCUCAUAAAGCAUGAUUCAGGAUCAAGAAUGGUAUCGACUAGCUCUGGAAAUUUGCUAUUGGAAGCCAAAUAAUGUCAAUGACCUUAAUUGGAUAUCACACAAGACAAAUAUACCAUUAACCUGAUGCAUGUGGAAUUAAUCGCGUAUCAGCAUUUUGGAUAGUCCUUGGAAACUAGCAUGACACUAGCAAUUCAUGAAAUUAAAAAGGCUUUGAAAU